CCAAAACCGUCAAUAAUCUCUUAUCGAAACUGUUAUAGCUUGGUCUAUACCUACAGAUAUGUCCACGUCAAAGCCCCGUGUAAUCCUUCUCGGCACAUGCGAUACGAAACUUGAAGAACUGCUCUUGCUUCGAAGCGGGAUCCAACAAAACAAUGUCGACGUCACGCUCGUGGACGUCGGGCGCGAAUGUAUCGAACACGAUGACAUUGAAUUCACCUCGAAACGUCUCCUCGAAGAGUAUGGCGACAGCAAAGACACCGGAAAGCUAGCUCGUAGCGAGUUCAUCACGACGAUGGCAUCUUGCGCAACAAAGGCAGUCAAGUCGUUGUUUGAGGAGAAGUCUAUUCACGCCAUCAUUGCAGCAGGCGGCUCUGGAGGAACGUCGCUCGCUGCAGAGGUCAUGAGAAAUGCUCUCCCGAUUGGGUUUCCUAAAAUGAUCGUUUCGACAGUCGCAAGCGGCGACACUGGCCCUAUUGUGCAAGAAACGGACAUAACGCUCAUGCACUCUGUCGUCGACAUCGCUGGGUCUAACCAAGUCCUGCGAGACGUGUUGGGCAACGCAGGAGCCGCGAUCGCGGGAAUGGCUCAUUCAUACCUCUCCAGAAAAAAUGGCACAAUGCCGACCGCAUAUGGAAUGGAACGUGUAGGCAUCACGAUGUUCGGCGUCACCACGCCGGCUGUCAAGACAAUACAAACAUAUCUUGAAACCAACUAUGAUGUCGAAACCUACGUUUUCCACGCCACUGGCCAUGGUGGAAAAGCUAUGGAGCGCCUUGUGCGAGAAGGGCAGCUUGAUUCUAUCCUCGACCUCACCACAACAGAAGUCUGUGAUGAGCUCACAGGCGGCGUAAUGAGCGCGGGGCCGCAUCGUCUCGAAGCAGCUGCGCAAGCUGGGAUCCCGAACAUCAUCUGCCUGGGUGCCACGGAUAUGACAAACUUUGGCCCGAAGCACUCAGUACCAGAGAGGUUCAAGAAGAGGAAGUUGUAUGAGCACAACUCAGUUGUAACAUUGAUGCGGACUAGCAAAGAGGAGGCGCGCCAAGUUGGCGAGUUUAUCGUCGAGAAACUGAAGACACACGCCAAGUACCCCGACAUGAUACAGGUCUGGUUGCCUAAAGGUGGCCUAAGUGAGAUUGCGAAUCCUGGAGGGCCUUUUGCGGAUGCCGAGGCUGAUACAGUGCUUUUUCAGACCAUCAAAGAAGGGCUUUCGGGAAGCGGCAUAGAAGUUGUGGAAGAUGAGCGUGCUGUUAAUGACGACGGGUUUGCGGUUGACAUCGCAAAGGCGCUUGCGCAGAAGAUGAAUAUCAGUUCAAAGGCAGAGAUGGCGGCAGAGGCGGAGUCGGAGGUGGAGUCGGAGUAAGUAGGCAGGAGCGGCAAGAACAUGGUGUAGAGAAAACAAAACGAUGACCCGAGAAGGAUUGUGCAUAAACUUGACCCUGG